GGGAUCUGGAGUAUCAUAUGCAAGUGCUUCAUGUCGGUAGAAUAAUGCUACUAGUAAAUCCUCAUAUGCAAGUACUUCAUGUAGGUUAGAAAUGAUGCUGCUGGUAAAUCAUAUGAAAGAAGAAGUCCGGCCUCAUCAUCGUGGCAUCACUUUCUGUCAUCCACCGGAAAUCUGAACUUUUCAUCUCUUCCGCCAUCUCACAUUUGACUGAUCCAUUUCAUCCCUGCUUCGUUCUCAUCAGCGAUUCCAAUGCAUUCUUAACUAUACUUGAUCCUCGAGAGAUAUAUCCCGCCAUGGACGCCGCCAGAGUGUACGAGACGAGAUCCCGGCGGCUCGACAAACAACCUCACCCUAUAAUCAAUGCGCGCAUCUCGCGCAGGAAAAAGACUCCUCCCAGGCGUAAAUCUGCUCCGUGAUGCUUCACUGCGUUCCUUUUCAUCGUCGCCCAUCACUGACCACCAUAGCAUCCCCUCUCGCCCUAUCCCCAGCCAUCCAAGCGGCGAUUUCAGACUUGCCCGACGUGGAUGGAGAACCCCCCGCAUGGGCCGAUUGUCGCCCAGAACUUUCCGAUGCGAUUCCAUGGUUCCGCGCUGUGCAGGGAGGCGUAUAUCAUAACGGAAACAUAUGCUGGGGCUUUCUUCUUGAUGCAGAUAGCGGAAUCCGCUCGUACAUCGACGAUGAGGUCGUCAUCACUAGGGUCGGAGGUGGUUGUGUGAAAGAUGCAGAGGGGAAUUUGGUCCUGACUAAGGACCAGGAUAGUGACAGCACUGCUUUAAGGAGCAUUCUAAACAGCAUGGCGCUGAACAUUCCAGUGGGGAUGAUCAUAGGGGACAGAAAUACUCUUCUGCAGAGGAAACUGCCUCAUCGGUAUAACAUCCUAUCAUUCUUCCGCAUCUCCCACGUCUGGUACGAAAAGAUCGGAAAGAAAACCGGCGCCAGGGUGCGUUUCGAGAAACUCGAUCUCGCCAGCAAGAGCUGGUGGGCAUUGAAGGGGUCGUCUCCGGCAGCGCCUCCGGACCAGCGCAAUUUCGAUAUGAAACCGGAGACGAAGCAGUGCGCGGGCUGUCUGCAAACCAGUGCCCGUGUAUACGACGAGGGCUGGAUGUGUCUCCAUCCAUCGUGCAAGCUAUUCUGGACGAUAAAUGCGUCCGCGCCUCCAGAAACCCUAACCUUUCACCCGGGCUUCCUGGAAUCCCGCCUACGACCAGACCCCGAGAUACAACCGCAUUUCAGUCUGGUUCCGAGCUUGCUGUCGACUCUCAACGACGGGGAUCAAGAUAUCAGCUCCGCGCGCAUUGCAUGGAAGGGAAUAGUCUGUCCGCGGUGUUGCAGAUGCAUAUCGCGGCGAUUCUGGAACGGUUGGAAAUGCACCGAUUAUGACCUCCAGUGCUCCUCCGGGCAUGUCCAGAAUAGAUGCCCCUUUGAGAAGCUGACCACCAUGCAUCCGGUAUCCCUUCGCUCAGUCAUCGACGACUUCGAGCUAAGCCCUAUAAAGAGGGCUCUGUUCUUUGACCCGAAAUUCGCAAUGCCUGAGAUCGACGACCGUACUUUCUUUCCGUAUCGCAAGCUCUCCUACAGAAUCCCGGGGGCCGGGUAUAUCACGCACUUUGUUUCGAGCCAAAGUAUCAACACUCGUCCCAAUGGACCUAAUGAUCUGUUCAAUCAGCUCCAGGUUGCCGACGCGGGACUGCGGCGCUACCCUCUGCAGCAGAGUGUAGUUGCCGGCACUCUAACUGCCCAUUUUGCCGUAAACUACGGCAUGCCAUACAAGUACAUCGUCUCGGUUGAUUCCAGAGGCUUCAGCAACGCAUCCGACGCCAUACUCAGAUCCCUGGGCCGGCUCACCUGGGCCACCGAACAAGCCGUCCAAGGCCAAAGCACAGAACAAGACCCUCUCCUGCUCCCUAACGAACUACUCCUGCUGGGGUACUUUGAGGACAUGAAAAUCGGGUACCACGACGACGGCGAAUCCUCACUCGGCCCAACAAUCGCCACGCUGUCCCUCGGAGCAAAAUCCACCAUGCUCGUCCGCAUGAAAUACAAAUACUACCACGGCCGCAGCAAGGCCAAGAAACUACUAGACAGCGACCCCGUGCUGCAGGGGUGCGAAUUCUUCGCGCAGCGCGCGGAGCUCAAGCAUCGGUGGGAACGCGGAGAUAUCGCGAAACCAGAGUACGACCGGGGCCGAGAAACCAUUGUCGCGAAGACGCGGACCGGGGAUCCGCCGCCUUGUGUUAAGAUGGAGCUUCAUCAUGGGGAUUUGGUGGUUAUGCAUGGGGCGGGUUUGCAGAGGUUUUAUGAGCACUCUGUCAUCCCGGAGAAAAAGCUCAGGUUCGCUCUCACGGCGCGAUAUAUCAAACCCGAGGAUGUUGAUCCUGCAGAGCUGCGGAAGGGGAAGUUCACCCUGGCGCCGGAUCAGGUGUACGAUGGAAAGUAAUGCGUUUUCUUUCUUUCUUUCUUAUUUGCAGCUGGAGUCCUAAAUUGUUUCCUCUUUUUUUCGGGGGUUUGAUUUAUUGCUUUUCGAACAAGCUAUGGCUUACUUACGUUCAAUGGUGGCGCUAUAGUGAGAGAUGCUCACUUUCUCGGGCGUUGCUAUAUACUUCUUAUACUCUGUACUGUACUGUUUUUAAACGAAUCAGAGAUCUGACGGAUCAUAUCUAGCUUGAUCAAGUUAGCGGUAGUACAUUCGUUCAUUCAUUCAAGCUUUGCUUUCCAUAAUGGUCGCAUCCAUCCGACUCGAGGGUCUACAUAGGAUAGAGACGGCUGACAGACAGAUCAAAGAUAAGAUCAGCUAGCUAGAGUAUCAACAGAUACAGGACAUCCUGAAUCUGUUCCCUGUACCCUCUUCCUGCGUCUCAGGUUCGCCCCGUAUUCUGGCUUAUC